AUGAUAAGGAAGACUUUUUCUUUGGUGAUUGCCUUGGCCUGGGUAGGCUUUUCUGUCUAUUUAGGAUCUUUAAUGCAAUAAGCAUUCGAUGAAAGCCAAGAUUAUGGUAGAUAUAACUUAGCUUUUAGCCAUAUUGCAUUUGAUAUAACUGUCAUCGUUUCAAUUUGUAUCUUCAAUUUCUUCUGGAAUAACCUCCAAAUUUUUGAUGCAUACUACGGACUUAUCCCUGUUGCUCGUUUAGCAGUUCUUAAAAUGAAUUCUGAUAAGGUUUUUUAAGAAUUUAAUUUCAAGAAUUUCCUUAUUACCACUCUUAUCGGCAUUUGGGGUGUACGUCUUUUUGCUCACAUUUUUUAGAAAUGGAGAGGUUUCCCUGAUUAAGAUAGACGUAUAACUGCUACCGAAAUGAGAUACAGAGGAGUUAAGCGUAUUUUCUUCUGGCUUUGGUAACAACCUUUCAUAGCUUUCAUGAAUGCUUUGUUAAUUUCAUUCCUUACAUUACCCGUUACUGCUUUUUAUACUAGAGAUGCAGAAGCAAUUUAGAGAGGUGAAAAGUAUAAUUUCAGUGAAAUUUUGGGUUAUGCAUUAGCAAUUUAUGGAUUAGCUGUUUAAUCAAUUGCUGAUUUAGAAUCUAACUUAUGGAGAGACUCAGGAGCUUCUCACAAAGUAUGCGAUACCGGCUUAAGAAGAUAUCUCCGUUACCCACAAUACUAUGCUGAAAUAGUUUUCUGGUUUGGUAUCUGGGGUGCUUGUGUCUCUUCUUUCUCCACUGCAACUGUUAUCAGUAGUUUCGUUUACUGGCCUAUUGGUUUUGUAAUUGAAGCUCUUUGGUUAGUAGUUAUGACUACAAUCAUGGAUAAAAGAGUUCUUGUUCGUAAAGAAGGCUGGUAAGAAUACAAAAGAAAAGUAAGAUUCGGUCUUAUCCCUUUCUUCCGCUUUUGA